CAGCUGUUUUCCUUAUCAAUAAUCAGAUAUUGAAUCUGGCUUUCAAAAAAAAUUCAGAUAUUGAAUCUCCUUCUCUUUACAAUCCUAUCUGGAUCGAAGUUUUCCGGCUAAUUCAAUGGAGUCCGACGGCAAAUCCACCAGAGGUCUCUCCCAUUGCUCCAGAAAUUCUGAAAAUGUCGAUCCAAAUGUUUCAAGCCCGGGCUUGAAGGUCGCAAGGUCUCCAUCGAUCACCAAAUCAGCAAAGAAAGCUCAGAAAUUGGCUUCGGAAAGCCUCAAUCCGGUGGCUUCGCCUUCGCCGCAGAAGAAGAUUCGGCAGAGGAAGUUCGUGGUGGCGAAGCGGAAUUCGAAGAGAGAGGAUGCGAACUCGGCGCCGGUGGCUUGUAAGUGCGGAAAGGGCGGGGUGCAGAAGUGUUUGUGCGUUGCUUAUGAGUCUCUCAGGGCUUCACACGAGGAGUUUUUCACAAGUCGCCGCGGAGUUGAUGACGAGGAGAGUGUUCUGGAGGAGGUGAAGAUGCGCGUUGAAGCUGAGAUCGGGAGUAAAGAUGAGGAAGAGAAGAACAGCAAAGGCGUUAUUGGAGAAAUCGUUGGUGCUCAUAGCUAUGGAGACGAGGCUAAAGCAGAUAAUUUUGUAUCGAUCAAUGGCUCGAUUAAUCUGGAGCUCAAUGCACACAAGGUGAUCGGUGAAAUGGGCGUUAAGAGAAGGAGGGAUAAGUUGUCGGAAGAGGCAACAGAGGACGCGCCUCAACCUGAUUCUGGAAAAGUGAUGACCUUGGUUAAGGCUUUUGAGAAGCUUCUUACAAUUCCAAGUUCAGAUGAUGCUAAGGAAAACUAUGAGAAGGAAGUAGCAGCUACUAAAAAGGGGAUUAAAUGGGAUUUGCCUGACACACUUGACUCUUCAUCUUCAUUCGGUCCAUCUGAUUUUUUCGUUACCUCUGAAAGCUUAGGCCUGAAUUCACACCGUUCCCAUUCACUUGAUAGCAACCAAGGAAGGACUUGUGAUGGAGGUAGAAAGAGCAGACGCAAUAGUGCUGAAUCAUCGGGGACUUUUGCUAGAAGGCACCAGAAGAGAAGGCAACUCAAAGCAACCUCCCAUAAACCAUUCAAUCUCAGAACUGAGCAAAGGGGAAAGUGUAAGGAGGAAGAAUUUCUGAAUAAACUAAAACAGAUGAUGGAGGAAGAUAAGAGGCUUCGAGUUCCAAUUGCACAAGGUCUUCCGUGGACAACGGAUGAGCCAGAGUGUUUACUGAAGCCUCCCGUGAAAGAAAGCACAAGGCCAAUUGAUCUGGUGCUGCACAGUGACAUCAGGGCUGUGGAUCGAGCAGAGUUCGACCAUCAGGUGGCUGAGAAAUUUAGCAUUAUCGAACAAUACAAAAUGGAAAGAGACAGACUACAGAAGUUGGAAGAAGAAGAAGAAAUCAGAAGGCUGAGAAAGGAACUUGUUCCCAAAGCCCAACCACUACCCUACUUUGACAGGCCCUUCAUUCCUAGAAGGUCUGACAAGCAUCUCACUGUGCCAAGAGAGCCGAAAUUCCGUAUUACACAGCAUAAGAAGAUCAAAAGCUGCGAUGAAAUGUUUGGGCGAUGAGAGGGAAGAAAGAGGAAGACUGCAGUUUCAAAGAACCUUAGCAGCUACUACUAUCAAUGUUCUUUUACUGUGUAAACAGGUAAUAAGCUUGUUGCUAAUCACACAGCUUUGAGAGAAAACAUAGUAUAUGUAGAGUACACUUACACAGCUUUGAGAGAAAACAUAGUAUGUGCACAAUGGUGUGCCUUUUCAUUAAUGGAUGAAUUCUUUUACUACCA